GCCCGGCGUCGCGAGCGCGGUGUCAUUGCUCAGCGCGAGUACCGGAAGCGACAUGCUUCCAAGGUUCAGAAGCUCGAGCAGGAGAACAAAAAUCUCAAGGAUGCCAUAGCCGAAAUCAAUAGGACUUUCAAGGGACAGCCCGUGUCGGAGGAUCUAAGAGCCGCACUCCGUCGUGCACGAGACCUCGCCGACAUCACCGAAGAUGAUGCCAUGGAUGAUGUCGACGACCAUGAUGUUGAAGAAGUAGGACCAUCAAAAUCACCACCCAACAGCCUAUCCCGGGCACCAUUACCAGCAACAACCCAACGCUCAAUAGCGCCAGAAAAUCCAUCAUCAACAUCAGAAAGGCGCCUCCGUGCCAGCGGCAGAUCAAGUCCCCGCCUAGACUACGGCCUCUGGGUAGACACAGACCGCCUCAUCCGCAUCCUCGAACCACCACUCGACAUCAUCCCCUAUCUCGGUCCGGGCAUGCAUACCCUCGCCGGAUGCAUCUUCUGGUCCACAAUGAACUACACCGUCGACCUCUGGGACGCGCGCCCUUCUCCGCCCGCCAUCAAAGCUCUGGACCGCAUGUUCAGCCACUCCAAGCAGCUCACUGACCGCAAGUACCUCCUCUCGCUCGCCCAGGCGAGGAUUGACUACAAGAACAAGGGGUACAUGUUCCGCAAGCUCUCGGACCAGUUCGCUGAGCGAGCCUGCGUGGAAAUUGACCAACUUGUCAGGGAUGAGUGCGAGAAGAAGGGGAGGCCGAGCAGGUACUGGAAGACGCCGGAAGAGGUCGCGGGGAAUAUCCUCAACCAGAUUACGACUGAUCAGGCUGUGAGGAUGCAGGCUGUCGCGGAGGGGAAGGGGACGCCUUCUGAUGGCGAGAUGAUGCAGGCGCUUGUGGGGUGGCUGUCUCAGAACUUUGUGUGCUUCGGUGACGGGCCUAGGUGGAGUACCGUCUGCGUCUCGGUUGGCAUUGGAAGUUGGGUCAGAGAGCUCAUGGAAAGAGACGCU